UGAUAUUGGUUGGGUAAGAGGAAGCAAUAUUUUCUCUACUAUUCACACACUGAGACGGACUAUCUCUUGGCCCUUUUUUGAACCGGGUGACCGAGGAAAUUAAAAAAAACAUCUCGGGCCGCAUUAAGGCGUCUUUUCACGCAGUGGCACGUCCAUGAUGAUAGAAAUGGAGGUGAUGAAUCCCGGACAACAGGACACGGACCUGAUCGACAUCCUGUGGAAGCAGGACAUCGAUCUGGGGGCCCGGCGCGAAGUGUUCGACUACAGCCACCGUCAGAAGGAGCACGAGCUGCAGAGGCAGCAGGAGCUGGCGGAGGAGAAGCGGCUGCACCUCCUCCGCGAACAGGAGAAAGCUCUGCUGGCGCAGCUGCAGCUGGACGAGGAGACGGGCGAGUACGUGCCGAGGCCCAACGUUCGGCUGCAGUCGGCCGCCACGCCCCUGGAGGCUGCGCAGGAUGUCAGCUUCACACAGCAGGGUGCUGAGCCGUGGUCAUUUGACGAAUGCUUGCAGCUCCUCGCAGACACGUUUCCCCUUGAGGAAAAUGAGGAUGCGUCCGUUUGUCUGGACUCGAGUGGCGCGUCUGUAGCUAGCAGCCGCAGCAGCAGUGUUGCCAUGAUGUCCCCCGAGCAGCCCUCUUUGGCCCCGCAUACGCUUUCACCAGAUGCCCUGACUGCUUCCCAGCCACAGAAGAUGUCUCUGGAUAUUGAGCAAGCCUGGAUGGAGCUGCUCUCACUUCCUGAGCUGCAGUGUCUGAGCCAACAAUUGGAAGACACACUGGAGACAGCGCCCUAUCCACUACCAAACAGCGCCGAUGCACAGGAUCCAAACUACUCCUUUUACCCAAUAUCCAAUCCGGCCCAAGAGAAAACCAAUUUAAAUAUGUGUCCUACGGGUUUUAUGAAUACAUUUGAUGGCUCAGUUCCCAACGUGACCCCACCAGACAACGGGAACCAAAUAAAGCCAGAAGUUCCCGAGUUAAAUACUCACUUCAACCUGAAUAACUUUUGCAACACAUUUUACCCUGACGCUAUGUUGGAGGAAGGCGGCAGCCAACAAGACCUCGAGGGAACAGAACGUAAUCUCCUGUCCGAUGUCCAGAACUUGUACAGCCUCUCACCCGGUGAUACAUUUGAGCAGGACAGACACAAUGUGUCCGCAGAAGUGCCCGACUUAGACUCUGGACUCUCCUCAAGUCCCCACGCAUGCUCGCCUGGGAAAUCUCUGUAUGGAGAUGAGGGUUUUGACGGCAGCGAUUCCGACAUGGAGGAGAUGGACCAGAACCCGGGCAGCGCGAAGUCUGACUACUCUGAGAUGUUCUCUUUAAACUUUCAACCAGAUGACGUCCAGCGAGCAUUUCCUCUGUCCACAUUAGCGGGCCAGCUUCAAACCCAGCACAACGAGACCAAACAAGAAAUGACGGAUCCGGUCGAGGACAGUGGGCACAGCUCCUCGCCCUUCACUAAAGACAAACGCAAGAGAAGGUCGGAUUUGCGUCUCUCCAGAGACGAGCAGAGGGCCAAGGCCCUCAAGAUCCCCUUCGGCGUCGACAUGAUCAUAAACCUGCCCGUCGAUGACUACAACGAGGUCAUCACCAAGAGCCAAUUGAACGAGGCCCAGCUGGCCCUGAUCCGGGACAUCCGGCGACGCGGCAAGAACAAAGUGGCGGCCCAGAACUGCCGCAAGCGCAAGAUGGAGAACAUCGUGGGGCUGGAGAAUGACCUGGACUCGCUCAAGGAGGAGAAAGAACGCCUGCUGGGCGAGAAGUCCCGCAACGCCAGCAGCCUGAGAGAGAUGAAGAGGAAGCUGAACAGCCUGUACCUGGAGGUGUUCGGCAUGCUGAGGGACGAGGACGGCAACGGCAUCUCCCCGUCUGACUUCUCGCUGCAGCAGUCGAGCGAAGGCAGCGUCUUCCUCGUUCCUCGCCCUAAAAAGACUUUGAUCAAGAGCUAAAACCAGCCCCCUAUAUUUGGCGUAAGGUACUGCGGUCAUGUAGUCAGUAGCACUAUGCAACGACUUUCAGCUUUAAGCAUCGGUAGCUCUGCAGAACUCUUGUAUAGUUUGUGGUUCUUUUUGGAUGUUGUAAUGUAAUAUUUUUGAUAUUUUAUCUCUUUUGUACUCUGCCUCCAUAUUCUACGUGAUUAUUUGUAAAUAGGUGUGAUAUACAGCUGAGAUGACGACAAUUGUUACUGUACAUGUAAAUAUUCAUACUGUAUAGAUAUUGCGUAUGCUAACUAAAUGAAAGAUUUUGAACUAUAAUCCCUUUGAUUUGCUGCACGGGUUCUUAAGCUUUUCAAUAAACCAUCCUAAAGCCA